AUGGAGAUGAAGGAAGGAGGUGAAGUAAGGAUGAGAGAAAGACUCAGAAGCUCUGGGGAGCGCCAGAGGUUGAUGGUGAUGGAUGGGAAACGCUCUGUGCGAAGAUGUCCUGCUCAAGCACCGCCAGCUUUUCAAGAUAACUCUAAUGAGCAAGGUAGUAGUACCAGGGCAACAAGAGGAUCAGGCAAGACCCAGACAAACAACUGGUACCUGCUUAAUUCUUCAGGAGGUGACCCCAGGACGUCUACUACCUCAUCUAGCCAGAUGUCUUCAAUUUACGAUCAGGGAGAAGAAAAUGGGCAAACCAUAUGCUGCAUUCCCAGCCUUAUUGUAUAUUCUGUUAUCUGCUUUCUUCGAAAACUUUUACAAUCCUGCUGCUGUGCAAGAAACCAAAAUCCUAUGGCAAACUGUGUGAAAUGCUUGACAUUCCUCAUCAUAGCUGUCUUAGUCAUUUAUGGUACUGUUUACUGCAUUUGUCAAUAUCUGCAAUUAUCAGAUGGCCUAUCAUCAAAGGAACUUACAAAAGUGUAUGAAACUGAGCUGAAUGAACUCUGGAAAUCACAACAUCUGCUUGAAGAACAAUUCCAUGAAAUUCAGGGUCUUAAAAAAGAGAUGGAUCACAUGCAUUCUGAGAUCGGCAGCAUCAGGAAAGGCAUCUUACAGUCCACAAAGCAAAUCCUUGAGGAAAGUGACUUUCCAGGAGAGAAGAAACUAAGGAAGUGCCAGGUGUUCAACAACAUGAGGCAAAUAGUAGGACUACUGGAUCUGGCCUGGAAAGAAAUGGAAAACAGCUUGAGGGUACAUAAUCAUCUGUCUGUCUAUCUAGGAGCCACGAUUGAUAAAGACAGGACAUCCAAGACUUACGAUUUUUUGCACCAGGAAUACUGUUGGUUUCCAUUUAUCUCCACAGCCAACCCCCCUGAAACUAUUUUACAGCCGGAUGUUAACCCUGGAAACUGCUGGGCAUUCUCAGGAUCAGAGGGCCAAGCAGUAAUUAAACUGCCUGAAAAAGUCCAACUCACAGCCAUUACAGUUCAGCACAUCUCUAAAGCAAUAGCUUUUUCGGAAGGAAUCACAAGCGCGUUAAAGGAUUUCUUGAUUUAUGGGCUAAAUGAUGAAACAAAAGAGGAGAUCCUGCUGGGAACAUUCAUGUAUGAUACUGAAAAAGAAUUAAUUCAGACAUUCCAACUGAAGAAUGAACAGGAGAAGGCGUUCCAGUAUGUAAAAAUCAAAGUGCAGAGCAACUGGGGAAAUCCGGAGUACACCUGCAUUUAUCGAGUCAGGGUGCAUGGAAGGAUGGCCAAUAUAAACCUUUUGGGCAAGCAAGAAAUGUUUGAUAUACUCCAUUUGGCUUUUAAGAAGAUUUUUGAAGACGACAUACAGAUGGCUGACUGGGCUCAAAAAUCAAUAGGUAAUGUCCUGACAAGAUGGAGUGCCUUUGGGUUUGCAACUCAUGGCCAGCAGGGCCUUUGCAUAACUGGGCUAAAUGAUGAAACAAAAGAGGAGAUCCUGCUGGGAACAUUCAUGUAUGAUACUGAGAAAGAAUUAAUUCAGACAUUCCAACUGAAGAAUGAACAGGAGAAGGCGUUCCAGUAUGUAAAAAUCAAAGUGCAGAGCAACUGGGGAAAUCCGGAGUACACCUGCAUUUAUCGAGUCAGGGUGCAUGGAAGGAUGGCCAAUAUAAACCUUUUGGGCAAGCAAGUGGAUGAAAUCUCCCAAGAUAAAUAA